GUGAUAACAGCACUUUCUUCGAUCAAAACACAGAGCAGUCAACCAGCUUGUAAACAACCACAAGAAGGUGUGUCAGCAGCCAAUUUCCCGUCGUUAUUAAACUUCAAACGUUACUAAGCUUUAACUGUAAAGCUCAGCCUACUCAUCCCUCACCUGUCCGCCCGACAGGCCGUCUAAAUGCAUUACAGAGGACCGAAAACACCGCGGAGAUCAUGGACGUGCUUGAUUUGUUUAUUAGUUGCAGAAAGGGCGACAUUUGCAGAGUCAGAUACCUUGUUGAACAGAGGGACGUGGACCUCAAUGUAAGAGAUAAAUGGGACAGCACUCCUUUGUAUUAUGCCUGUCUCUGUGGCCAUGAGCAGCUGGUCCAGUACCUGUUGGCUAGUGGUGCCAAGUUUGAAGCCAACACGUUUGAUGGCGAGCGAUGUAUGUACGGCUCUCUGAAUGACUCUGUUCGACGUUUGAUCAAGGACUAUAAGUGUGUCAGUGUCCGCGCCAUGCAGAGGGGAGAUUUCAACUACUUUCUGCACAUGUUACUGGAGCAGGGUCCACAAAGUGAUGUCAAGUUCCUGGUACACGGACAGAUAUUUACGGCCCACAGAUGUGUCCUGAGUGCACGCUCCGAGUACUUCACUGAUAUGUUCGAGACUAAAUGGAAAGGGAAGACCUUGAUCACCCUCAAACACCCUUUGAUAAACCCUGCAGCCUUUAGAGCCAUCUUGCAAUAUAUCUAUACAGGACGUAUGGAUAUUGACAUCAGCCUUGUGGAGGACUCCAGACGACUUGCUAAACAGUGCAAAAUGACCGACCUCAUAGAGGAGCUUGAAAAUAAAUGCAAAAAGGUGUAUGAAUUUGUGUCCAACAAACCAGGAGUCUGUGUGAAGGUGCUCAGUCUGGACCCUCAAAGCUGCCAGCUGCAGGAGGAGAUGGCUCAGUUAGCAGACUGUGCAGUUCCCACUGAACUGCGGGUUGGAUUUGGUGAACUUCCAUUUAACAGAGUCGACCACUUCCCAACGUAUCCUGACAUCUGCUUCCGAGUCGAGAGUUUUAAUUUCCUGUGUCAUAAGGCGUUUUUCUGCGGACGUAGCGAUUACUUUAAAGCCUUGCUGGAAGACCACUUCAGCGAGGGCGAGCAGCUGCAGUCUCAGCCCAGCACGCCAGUGAUUACUUUACACAACAUUUCCCAUGAAAUAUUUAUCCAUGUCAUGUACUACAUCUACAGGGAUGACACAGAGCUGACAGCAGAGAAUGUGUUUGACGUGCUGUGCGUGGCCGACAUGUAUCUGCUGCCCGGGCUGAAGCGUCUUUGUGGGAAGACUCUUGCUAAGACUAUAUGUGAGGACAACGUUUUGUACAUGUGGAAGAUGGCGAAGCUUUUCCGUCUCUCUCGGCUGGAGGAUCAAUGCACAGAGUUUAUGGCUAAGAUCAUUGAUCGGCUGGUGGAGCAGCCCGAGUUUGCAGAGGUCGUUAAAGAGGAUGCUGCGUCACUGGAGGAGCGACAUGAGACAGACUCUGUCCCCUUGGUAGACGAGAUCCGCUAUCACAUCGCCAGCAACGUGCAGACGUACAGCGCCAUCGAGGAGGCCAAUCAGAAACUGGAUGCCUUGGAGGAGCUGCUCUGCAGCGUUAAUAUAGACUGCUGAAGGGUUGGCAGGUUGUGAAGAUAUAACGGGAGUGAGAGAUAACAUAUGCUUCUGUAUGUUUGUAGGUUUCAUUGUUUUCUUUCUUUCUUUCUUUUGUGCAAUUUAUUUGGAAAGAUUAUAUAUUUUUAUUUUAUGUUCAGAUGAGGCAUAUGAAGAAAAACUAUGUUAGUUGGCUGUUAAAAAUGUUUCUGGAUGAAACAUAUAAUGUGAGACGAAAUAUUCAUUUUGAGCAAAUUAUUGUAUGAGUUUCGACAGAAUAUCUUAGAGUUGCACAUGCAUGAAUUUGUUUUAAGCAUUAUUUUAUUGUUAUUGUUUAACUGUCUAUUUAGUUCUUUUAAAUUGUACCUGAACCAAGUUGAGGACUAGCACUGAGGUCUGUGUCAUUUUAUUUGAUGCUUAAAAAGCCACCAAGUACAUGACAAGAACAUAAUUGAUUGACAUAAGUAUACAUGAUGACAUGAAAGUGGAAAUGUAUUUCAAUGUUUGAGAUGUAACAUUCCUCCACCCAACCACUAAUAUAAUCCUAUAUUUCCUGGAGCCCUGUACCCAGUGUGUGCGCAAGAAAAUAAAGCAGUUAAAAAAGCA